AUGACCUGGGCCUACCCCCUACCCUCGCACGUUUCGAAGGAGUCUCUCCCAUUGCGACGACGGUUAUUCCAUCUGGUCGCCCUAACCGCGCAGGAGAAGUCCCGCAUCAACCUUCUGGACGUAGUUCGCGAGGUCGAGUGGUCGAUGCGAGAAGACAACAUCGCUGAACAACAAGAGCUAAAGCGCCACGGCUCGGAUGUCUUAGGACACCCUCAAAGCCCCCGCCCCGGCCAGUGCCCUUGCUGCGCUUUUCGGCGCUAUUAUGUGUUUUAUUUGGCUCUUCUAUGGCAUCCGACGAACGUCCGAAGAGACAAUCUCCUUGUGAGAGUCUGCGGCAACGGCCACUGGCGGCCAGCAGAUAUCGGUUACCUUUUCCUGGAUAAGCCAUAUCCUGUGGUUAUGGUGAUACCAUUGACAGAGAUUGACAGAGAUGACAAAAUCUACCAUCAAUCCGCGUACCCAUUCACUAUUCCACUACAUGCUGCUGCCAGUGCCAGAGGCAUCACAAAGCUUUGCCAAAACCUCGACACCAGCUUACGCGGGGAAGCCCCAGCAGCAAGGGGACAAUGA